AUGGCUCGUCUUGGUAUGAAUAUGAUACAUGUUCUCUGCGUAAUCAUUUUCGCCAUCACAAACACUUCACACUCUCUACACGAAAAGCCUCAAGCUUUUCUACAAGCUAUUCGUAAAGACAUCACCACAAAUCUCUACUACUCUCCCUUAUCCAUAGGCGCCAACGUUCAUAACAUCAAUCUUGCCAUUGACCUCGGUGGCUCCGCGCCAUUAUUGCUAACCUGCGCUGCUGCCGCCAAAUCCCGCUCUUACCACCCUAUCAAAUGCGGCUCCUCUAGAUGCAUACAAGCCAAACCGGACCCUGUCUCCUGUCCGACCAAUACCUCCAAGAAAGCCACAUGUCACAAAUCCUUCUCCACUUCCUUCACUGAGCAACCCGUCAAAGCUCGUCUCCUCCGAGACACCGUAUCUUUGCUAUACACGGACAACGGAUUCACCUAUAUGGGCGGUGGAAUCGAUAUGACUAUGACUAUAGCUUGCACCGACGUUAAACCCUUCCCGUCUAUUGUUGUUGGGACAUUGGGUCUCGCUAAGACCCAUAUGGCGCUCCCUUCACAGAUCGUUUCUUUAUACAAACUACCCUUUAAGGUGGCUCUUUGUUUGCCAUCACCAAACUCCGGAGAAUCUUCUGGAUCUGGCUCUCUUUUCAUAGGCGGUGGUCCUUAUUUCAUGGCACUAUACCCUGAAGAUAUCUCAAAAAUCUUUGCCUCAACACCUCUGCUUCCUAGUGACCAGUCUCGUGGUGAGUACUUCAUCGAUGUCAACUACAUCCAAAUCAGUGGGAAGAUUGUUCCCUUUUUCAAGAAAAGCACGAAGAUCUGCACGUUGGCUCCUUACACCGUCUUGCAUAGUUCUAUAUACAAAGCUUUGGUCUUAGCCUUCGCCGAAAAAGCCAAGAUGACUAAAGUUCCGGCAGUGAAGCCUUUUGCUUCGUGUUUCAGCUCCAAAGGACUCGGGAGGUGGAUGAUGGGAAGUCGUGUUCCUGUGAUUGAGUUAUUGCUGCGUGGUGGGGCUAAGUGGAAGAUUUACGGAUCCAACUCGCUUGUGAAGGUGAGUAAAGAUGUGGUUUGCUUAGGAUUUAUGGACGGAGGUGUGAACCUGACGAUGGGCAUGAUAAUAGGAGGUUAUCAGAUGGAAGAUAAUUUUGUGGAGUUUGAUGUAAAAGCUUCUAAGUUCUCUUUUACUUCUUCUCUUUUGCUUAUUAACUCUUCUUGCUCACAGUCAAGACACUUCUGA